AUGGACAUGAUGGAUUCCCGAGACGAGAUCCUGCGCAACGUCCGCGAGGUGCUCGGCUGCAACGGUGUGCGCCGCCUCGAGGACCUGGCCCCGAUGCGUCAGGAGACCAUAGAGCGACGCCUCACGGCCGCCGCGAGCAAGCUGCAGCCCGCCAGCAUGGCCUCCAUCUACGCCACCUGGCUUCAGGAGCAGGCCUACAGCGGCUGCGCUGCGCCGCCCGCCGCCGUCGUCGACCGCUGGUGCCACUACCUCGCUCGCCGCGGCUGCGGCAAGGCCAUGCUCCAGGUCAUCUGGAUGCAGGCUGCGCUCACCGUGCUCGACAAGUGGUGCGCCAUCAUGAGCCCGGAGCGCGUGCGGGAUGUGAGAAAAGACGUCUGCGAUGCCAUUGCUGCUGCCUACCCCGGGGAACAAGACAGCAACGUCCGCCAACAUGACCGCAUGGAUGUCGAGGCCGCCACCGCGUCCGGUCCUUCGGUCCCUGGCCGUAGGGGAGUCGCCGCUGACGACGCCAUGCAAGUCGACGACGCCCGCGCGUCCUUUGCCGCUCGAGAUGCGGGAGCGGGCCCCGCAAUGGUGAGGGCCACCCGGGACACGCCCUCCGACUCGGGCAGCGAGCUGACCAUGGAGGAGCGUGAGAGUUCAUUCGGCGGUUCCACAGCUGCCAAGACUCAGUACACGGGCGACCAGUACAAGGUUGGAGGCCACUAUGCUACCGACUCUUCUGACCAGCCAGAGCUGACCGAGGAUUCUUCGUCCCAGCCCGGCCUUGUCUGCCAGAACGACGACAGCAAGGGCCAUGGUGACGAUCAGAAGUGGAAGCCAAUCGAGGAGAUGAACGAGGUAGAGCUCGAGGCUUUGCGCCAGGCUGAUGCAUUUCUCGCGAAGCUCUCUGCAGAGGCAGGGGCCGCGCAGGCAAUGGCAGCCAGCGCACCUGCCCCCCCGCCUCAGUCCACGGCCGCCAAGUCGGACCACGCGCCCAAGAAGUUGAAGACGAGGUCGGGCCGCGCGCGGAUCCCCACUCUUGGUGCGCUGGUCGAGCCGGCUCGCCCCAAGCCCAAGGCUCCCAAGGUCCCGGCGGUGGAGCCCACGGACGAGGACCAGGAGAUGGGGGACAGCGGCGCUCCAAGCACGCCCAAGGCGGCAGAGCCUCCCGUGGAGCUCGGCGUCACGACCAUGCCGCUGACCAAGGACGGGCCGUUCUCUGCGGAGACGCUGGCGCUUUUCGAGACUCGAGGCAACGUCUGGGUCAACCAGGUGCCGCGCAAGACGGCGCUGGAGAUGUGGGACGAAAUGGACGCGAAGAAGGCGGCCGAGGAGGAAGCGAACAAGGCCGGGAAUAAGGCGGCCGAGGAGGGCGAGAACAAAGCUAUGGAGAAGUAA